CGAGCACACGAUGUGUUGCCCAUACAAUGGCAACCCUUCUUACCUUAGCAAUCGCCGCGGAUCAAAUGUCUACACCAUUCUUAAUGAGUACAAAUACAUCAACCAGAAUGCUCUACCUACCGUUUUAGCCACAGCCGAGCGUUGCGGUGAUCAAACAUCGAUUGAGACGACCUUUGAAAGUUCGCCAUGGCUUCGCCAAUACCCAGCGCUAUCAAGCAGUGGAAUGUUGUUGGCCAAGACGGCUUUCAAUCCCUCAGGUUCUCGGAACAGACAUUGCCUGAAUUUGGCGACAGUCAAGUUCUGGUGAGAUUGCAGGGAGCCACCUUGAAUUUCCGUGAUAUUGUCAUCCCUAGUGGGAAAUACCCUUGGGACGUCAAGUCCAAUGUCGUGCCCGGAUCCGACGGCGCCGGCACAGUCUUGGCCGUUGGGAAAGAUGUUACCCGAUUCAAGCCGGGCGACAAGGUCAUCACUGUCCUUAGCCCCGAAUAUCUUGGAGGACCUGUAACCGACGAUAUUACGAAAUGUGGACUUGGCGGCAGCAUCGAUGGCACUUUCCGCACCGUCGGCGCCUUCAGCGAGCAAGGACUUGUGCCGAUGCCUGAAGCAUUGACCUUCGUCGAAGCUGCUUCGCUAACUUGCGCCGGUGUAACUGCAUGGAACGCUCUUUUUGGAUUGGCCGGGAAACGAGUCUCGCCAGGCCAAUGGGUUCUUACACAGGGCACCGGCGGGGUCAGCAUCUUCGCGAUUCAGUUUGCCAAGGCCGCCGGGGCGAGGGUCAUCUCCACCACGAGUUCUGUAGAGAAGGCGAAGAUCCUCGAGGAGCUUGGCGUCGAUCACAUCAUCAAUUACCGCGACACAGUCGACUGGGGACUGGAAGCGAAAAGGCUGACAGGAGGGUCUGGCGUGGAUCUUGUCGUUGAGAUCGCGGGCGAAACAACAUUGAGUCAAAGCCUCGCGAGCGUGAAGCUUGAUGGUACUAUCGUAACCACUGGCUAUGCUGGCGGUGAAGCAAAAGGUCAGAAGGUGCCGACGUUCUUGGACUCCUGGCUGAGCCUUGUCACGGUUCGAGGGGUCUGGGCUGGUAGUCGCAUGCAAAUGGAGGAAAUGUGUAAGGCUACUGAUGAUCGUCCGGACAAGCUCCGUCCCAUCAUUGACUCCAAGGUGUUCAAGCUAGAGCAGCUCAAGGAUGCUUAUGAGUACUUGGAGUCAGGAAAGCAUCAAGGAAAAGUUGGCAUUGAAAUUGAGUAAUAUUCUGUUGUAUUUCCCCUCAUCACUAUCAUUCAUCCUCUUAUCCGGAAUGAUUCGCACACAAAAUCAGAGAACAUUGAUGAGGGCGAAUUGAUUCCUGUAUCCCAG